CAUUCCUCUUGACAGCCUCGACCCCUAAUUAACAACCGAUUGAUCAUAAAAAAUUCUCCCGAUCCGUCGAUUAUUUCCCCGUUCGUCAAUCGACUCGGGAAUUAAUUAGAGAUUAAUGUUUUUAAUUAGAGGUUAUUUUGAACGAGGUCAUGGUUUUUUAAUUGCUGGUUGGGAAGAUUUAAAGAAAAAAAGGAAUGAUUAAUCUGAUUUUUACAUCAUGGGAAAUUCUCAACAUCUUUUGGUCUUUCUCUGGAUUUUCCGAGUAAUCGCAUCAGAUGCUUCCGAUCUCGUUAUCACUGUGCUGAGUCAGAGAAAUGAAUACAGUGCAACUCAAUCCGAAUUAUUGAAAGAAGAUAUAAUUGGACAAGCCCACGAUCUUCAGAGAACUCCUCCGAGAUUUCUAUUGACUCACGAGAAAAACGGGAGAGAAGCAAUCAGAGGCGGCUGGACGAUUUAUCCUCUCGUCCCUAUUCUCUACUCAAAAUUUCCGGACGCGAAAUGGUAUUUUUUCUGCGUCGAAAAUACUGCGGUGAAGUUGGAAAUAUUGACGAAUGUUUUAUCGAGAUUUAAUUCCUCGGAGCCUGUGUGGCUAGGCCACGCCCUCCAUGACGCGGAGGCCACCAUUAUCCACCAUUUUGUCAGCCCCAGGAAAGUGUCAUACCCGAAUCUCGUAUCCGGAUUUGUCAUCUCUAGAGUUCUGAUGAAAGAAAUCAGGGGGAGAAUCCACUCAGGGCUGCCUUCCGCUAAUGAUUUCAUAAUUGAUGAAACUUACGAGUUCUCGAAUUUCGUGAUGAACACGGGAAAAGGCCAACGGUUGAUUCACCAAUCAGAAUUUUGUGUUACCCCCACCAGUCGAUGCGCCACGUAUCCCAAAAAAUUUCCAGAAUGCGGGAAUCCCGUUCCAGUGAAGAAUGUUUUUUUCGCUGUGAAGACGUACAAUAAAAAUCAUGCGAGUAGAAUUCCCGUCCUGAUGAAAACAUGGCUGAGGAAGACCCAGCACUAUGCCCUCUUCAGUAAUAAAAAAGAUACUGACCUGGAGAAUAUAAUCCUCGUACCACACACGACAGAAGGUCAUUGUUUGAAAACAUACGGUCUCCUUCAAAAUUCCGAGAAGCUGAUGAAAGAAAAAAAUAUAGAAUGGCUCAUCAUCGCCGACGACGACACGCUGCUGAGUGUCGACAGACUGAUGCGCCUCCUGUCGUGCUACAACGAGAAAACCCCCAUGGCGAUUGGCGAGCGUUACGGUUUCCGUUCAACAGAAGAGAUUGGAUAUGAUUAUCUGACGGGCGGGGCGGGCGUGGUCCUCUCCCUGCCAUUGGUCCAGCGGAUCCUCUCGUCGAUUGGCUGCAGGUGCCCACUGCCGACAACCCCCGACGACAUGUUUCUCUUUGGCAUCUGCUUGUCUCGCCUGGGAAUCCCCGCCUUGCAUGCACCAUUUUUUCAUCAAGCACGGCCUCAGGAUUACCCUGAGGAUUUCCUCGCGUCCCACCAGCCCGUGUCUUUCCACAAGUUCUGGAUGAUUGAUCCCGUCGACGUUUACAGGCACUGGUUCGAUGGAAUGAGUGAUAAAAUACAUCACACGGAAUUGCGAUGAAAUGGCGAAUUGAAAACUUGCAGUUGAGAUUUUUGAAUGAAUGAGUAUUAAAAAUAAAAAAUAAUGGUAAAAUGGAGUAAAAUAAAAUAAUUAAGAUUUUAAA